AUGUCCGAGGACGAGGCCGACGCGAUGAGAUGGAUCUAUAAAGGCCUGGGGGAGGAGAAGAAGAUCGAGUACAAAGUAAACAAGAAAGCACAGCCACUCUCGUUCGAUGGUCCCUCUGUAGCCGACAUGCAGCUGAAUGAUAAGCUGAUGGAGACUUUGAAACAACUUGGGGCGUAUGAAGACAAGGAAUGCAACAAGAGAAGAGAGCAGGCUCUGGAAAACAUCGAGAAGAUUAUGAAGACCUGGACUUGCGAGAUCUGCAAGACGAAGAACAUCUCGCUGGAUUUCGAUUGCUCAUGCAGGGUUGCACCAUUCGGCUCUUAUUGCCUGGGGGUACAUUCUCACGACUCCGACAUCGACCUGCUGUGUAUCAUACCAGAGGUCGUCAACCGAUCGGAGUUCUUCUCUCGAGUACCUGCAAAGCUAGCAGAGGUUGAAGGCAUCACAUGCAUCAAGUCAUUGGCAGAUGCCUUUGCUCCUGUGAUCAAGUUUCAGUAUUGCGGCUUCGACAUCGACUUGGGCAUGGUCCGCAUGCCUUGCGGGUCGAUUCCUCCCGAUUUGAACAUUGCUCUGGACCGUCAUCUUUUGAGGAUUGAGGACACGAAGGAUAUCACUUGCCUGAACGGGCCGCGAGUGACGUACGAGUUGUUGCAACGAGUUCCCAACAUCGAGAACUUCAAAGUCCUGCUGCGAGCGAUCAAGCUCUGGGCUCGUCGCAGGGAGAUCUACUCGAAAAUUAUUGGGUUUCCAGGUGGGGUAGCAUGGGGGAUAAUGGCAGCACAGGUGGCGCAGCUCUACCCCAAGAUGUGUCCUUCGCUUCUGCUGGAGAAGUUCUUCCACUUGUACAAGCACUGGAAGUUCGAAGACGCCAUCAUCGUCGCCCCUCCGGAGGAGUGUCAGGCUCCGGACGGCCAAGAACGGUAUAACCUGCAUGCGUGGGAUCCUACCAGACGUCAUUUUUCAAGACGUCCUCUCACCGUCAUCACCCCGACGUACCCCAUGGACAACUCAACGUUCAACGUCACAGAUUCAGCGCUCAACGUGAUUAGGAAUGAAAUCUCCAGAGCAAACAGCUUGACACAAGGGCUGGCUCAAGGCGAAUCCUCGUACAAUGAUCUGUUUGAACCUGCGAUGUUCUUCAAACAGUAUGGGACCUUUGUGCAGAUCGAAGUACUUGGCUCAGAGAAGCAUAUUGAAGCUUUCUCUGGAUAUGUCGAGUCUCAGAUACGGAAGCUAGUAGAGAAACUGACGACUAGUCAAUUAGGGCUGUAUAUCGUUCAUCCUUGCACGCGGCACUUCGGGCCCAUACCAGCGGAGCAUCUGGGAGGAGGGGACCCCGAGGACGGCCCUUGGCAGAACAUUUUCUUCUACCUAGGGCUGAAGUUCGACGACAAUCUCGUCAGGCACAUGAAAGCGUCAGGACAGAGCGUCGACUUUACCCAGCCCGUGAAGGAGUUCCUAUUGGGGAUACACAUAACAGAUCCAACUCAAACCAGCAUCUCGAUCAAGGUGGUGAAGCGGAGGGCCUUGCCGGAAUGGGUGAAGAAGGAGUAUUACUCCCAGUCGAAGUUCGAAGGGAUGCGGCUGGAAGACGAGCAUGGAGAGCUGGAAUCUGCGAAGAAGAGGGCCUUGGGGGAGGCCUCGGAGUCAGCGGAUGCCACGAGCAACGGGAGAGUGAAGAAGUUUGUUGCAGAGGCGCUCCGAGGCUCAGAGGUAUGA